CGACUCUUUCAUUGCGAAAAAUCGAUGGCAAAAGAGAUUCCGCGAAAUUUCGAUUCCUUGCGCUUCAAAUUCUCUGUUUAUUUUCCAAUUUAAGAUCUCUGAUAAUUAUUUCACGCAGAUCAGAAUCUCUUCUUCUCAUAUACAAAUCAAAAUUCCCUCUUUUCCAAUCUAUCAUUCGUCCAAAAAAAAAGAAAAAAACAGAGCCUAUUGAAGAGCUAUGCUUCACAAGAGCUUCAAGCCGGCGAAAUGCAAAACGGCUUUGAAGCUAGCGGCUUCGCGCAUAAAGUUAUUGAAGAAUAAGAGAGAUGCACAGGUGAAACAGCUGAAGAGGGAAUUGGCUCAAUUGCUGGAGACUGGCCAGGACCAGACUGCCAGAAUUCGGGUUGAGCAUGUGGUUCGGGAAGAGAAGACAAUGGCUGCAUAUGAUCUUAUUGAGAUAUACUGUGAACUUAUUGUAGCGCGCUUGCCAAUCAUUGAGUCGCAAAAAAAUUGUCCCAUUGACUUGAAGGAAGCAAUCGCAAGUGUAAUUUUUGCAUCUCCAAGAUGUGCGGAUAUACCUGAAUUGAUGGAUGUCCGGAAGCAUUUUACGGCAAAAUAUGGGAAAGAAUUUGUCUCUGCAUCUGUUGAACUACGUCCAGAUUGUGGUGUCAGCCGCCUGCUGGUGGAAAAACUGUCAGCCAAAUCACCUGAUGGUCCCACCAAAAUAAAAAUUCUGAGUGCCAUCGCUGAGGAACAUAAUGUUAAAUGGGAUCCUACAUCAUUUGGAGAGAAAGAUAUGAAGCCUCACGAGGACUUGCUGAAUGGACCAAAUACAUUUGAGCAGGCCAGUAAAAUGCAUGUAGAGGCUGCUAAUGUCCAAGAGCGACCAAAUAGUUUUGACAAAGGGCACCCUAAUUUCAAAGCUCCUUCCAAUUACUAUGAAAAACAUGAAAACGCUGUCAACUCAUAUGCAUCCAAUUCAAAAUCAUCACCACAUUCCCAAAAUGUUCCUUUUCCAGCUGUGGGUGCUAGUCAGGCAAUGCCAUCAGGGACAUCCAAUCUUGAUCCAAGAUCUAUUGGAACUGGAUCUGAAGAGAUAGAAUUUAGGCAUUCGUUUGCUGCAGAACAAAGUGGUUUUUCUGUGGGUAUGCAGAGUUGGAAUAUGGAAUUCAAGGAUGCGACAGCAGCUGCACAGGCAGCUGCUGAAUCUGCAGAACGGGCAAGCAUGGCUGCCAGGGCUGCUGCAGAACUUUCAAGCCAAGAAAGGAUAACCAGGCAGCACCCAACAGAAUCAAGGAAGGCCUCAGUUUCCAGAUCAAGAGAUGAAGGGUUUCAAACAUAUGGCAGCUCCAGAGUGCAAGGUGAAUAUCUUGCCAAAGAUCCUGUAACUAAUACCCCUCAUAGAAAUAAUUCUGGCAUGAAUCAUGAACAGAGUUUUGAAAAUGAACAAGAUGACCUGGCGGGAUUGGCUGAAAGGUUUAACAAUCUUAAGAGCACUAAUAAACCUAGUCAGCUGGAAUCCUCUAAAUCCAGCAGUUGUUGUGUGGAUGAUUACACACAGGGGAGUGAUUUUCAAAUGGCAGAUAGGCAUUUUAGGAAGAAUUCAUCUGAAUUAGAGAGGAGUGACCUUAAGGGUGAAGCAAAUAGAAAGGGAGAGUCUAGUGACUCUGAGGUAGAACUUGUGAGUGAAUUGCAUGAUGGAAUGAGAUCUGAAAAUUUUGGUUAUUUUGGAGAAGCAAGCAUCAGAAGACAGUCUAGCAGUGUUUCCUCACACACUCAAAUUCCUAAUGAUGAUCACUUAUCCAGUUUUAGUGACCAGAAAUUUAGUGAGGAAGCUGUAAGGGAGCCUUCUAUUUUUGAUGAAGGAAACUUCCAAAGAAAUAGCAAAGAAACAAACCCAUUGGACAAUGGUUCUGUGGUUUUUGAUGAUUCUGGUUCAGAUGAUGAUGAAUUUAAUCUUGAUGAGAAGGGUGAACAUAAUGGCCAAGAUUCUGGUUCAUAUUACCUGUCAGAAGAUAGAAAAUCAUUGCCUCAUCUUUUAGCAAAUACAAAUGCUAACAGCUCCAGGCUAAACAUGGAAGAGUCACUAGGAAAGUUCGGUUCACAAUCUCUUUUUGCAUCAGACUUGCACACCACAAGUGUAUUUUCUGAGGGCUUGACAAGUGAUACAGUUCCUUCGCAAUCUGAUGAAUUGUUGCCUGUGACUUUUGAUGAUUCAGAUGGUCCAAGCUCAGAAAGUGAAGAGGAGCUCAAUAAGUCUAAGCUUGUUGGGAAUACAUAUUCCGGCACUUUUCCUCAUAAACAUAUAAGCAGUAACACUGAGACAACCCAGAAUGAGAGACCUCACUUUGUAGGAUCUUCACUUGUGGAAAAGGAAAAUGCGGGAUCCAACAGCAAAAACCAGGGAAAUGAAGUUGGGCCUGAAACUGAUAUGAAGUUUAAUUAUGGUUACUUGCAUACCAAUCCAACUUCUCGCAGGUUCACAAAAUCUCAAUCAAAAUCCAAUGAUGAUGACAAUCCAAAAACUUCAGGGUUUUCAUCAGUCAUGGAUGAUAUUCAAAGUUACCAAUCACUGGAUACAUUGCAGGAUACUAAAACUAUUAAAGAAUCGAGUUUGGAAAGUGGUAAAGAGUUGAAUUUUGGAAUAUUGACAGGUGGCCUUCGAAAUAAGGGUUAUAGGCAUCCACCAUACCGUAGUAAUCCAUCAGAUAGUUCUUCAGUGUCCAAACAAGCAGAGGAGGAUAAUUCUACCAGGUUUAAGCAGAAGUCUUCUUCCCUCAAGGUUGAUAUUGGUUCUGGAGUCCAAGAUUCAUACAAUCAGAUGGUGCACCCAAAAAUAAAUAAAAAAGGAAGCUUAGGAACCUCAGUUCCAUAUUCUGAUGCUAUUGAUGAUGAGUCAGAUGAGGAACUUCCACAACAGACGCAAGAGCCACACAUUCGAAAAGCAGCAGUGGAAGUGAACAAAAAAUCAGGUGUAAGGAACUAUUUUGACUUGGAUAAUAGUGAUUCUGAGGAGGAUCUUCCUAAACAGACUGAAAAGAGCAAAACUCAUUCGGGUCCUGGAUUUUCUAGACGAACAAAACAGACUGUUACCAGCAGACCUCUUUCAAAUUCUGAGAGAAAUUUGAAGUCCAGGGUACCUUCUGAUUCUUCAAUGACUCCAGGUUAUGCUGCGGAACACAAAUCAUCCUCAGUGAGUUCCUACACUGCUGAAGCUCAAGUGAAGCCCACUUCUCAGGAAAAGAGCUCUGGUUAUUGGGGAAGUUCUGAGCAGCGUAGAUCAACAGAACAAGCUAUAUCUAAGCCAAUUUUACAAUCGAAGAGGUCCUUAAUGAAGGAAUCAUCCUCUAGAAGUUCCUACACUACUGAUACUCAACAUAAUCCUCAGUCCAAAAAUUCAGAUAACCGGGGAAGUUUUGAGCAGCGUAAAUCAGCAGAAUCAUCUAAGCUGAUUCAAGAGUCAAAGAGGUCCACACGAGAGGAAAAUCUGAAGUCAUCAGCCAAGGAGCAAACAUCUAAUCCUCCUCCAAGAACAGUAUCAUCAGGUGGCGGUGAAAGCAAGAAGACAUCCAGUUCAAAGGCUGAUACUCCUUCCAGGGGGAAUUCCUUUAAUAAGGCCAGUCAUGUGCACCCAAAACUUCCCGACUAUGAUACUUUAACUGCACACCUACUGUCUCUCCGACAAAAUCGCCAAUAAAAUACAGUUACUUUAGAAGAUAGGUAGUUUUGUUCUGGUUCAUUAUUAUUAUUAUUUUUUUUUUUGGUUGCCCUUAUGGGUUUACCAUCAAGAGUGGAGUAAGGAAUAAAGUUUACAAGUUCUGGGAUUAUAGUUUUUCAGUUACAUCUUUUCCCCUUCCUGCGAUGGUGCUGUGAUUAUUUCUAGGGAUGUAAUGUAAAUUGUCUUCCCAUAUGCUGGAUGACUGUAUACUUUGUGAUGUAUUUCAAUGUCUUCUAUCACAAAAAUGAGGCUAUAUGUGCAUUAAGUUGCUGUAAUGAUACCGUAAUGUUUGAUUGUAAUGAGAUUGUGGAUAACAAGUUGUUUCA